AGGGCAGAAUCAGACAAGCAAGUCCAAUCUAGCUGCAGUAGCCAACAACCACCAUUAUCCGAUAGGCAAUCCGACCAGAAGCAGCAGUGUGGGCUGUUUGUUUGUUUGUUUGUUGGUCAAACGAAUUCAGUAGCCGGCCAUGCUCUUCAAAAGUUCAGUCAGUGGACACCGCACUCACACUCUCCUUCCUACUUAAAUCGAUUCAGUUCCGUCAGAUCGAGCUGCUUCCACUUCCGCCGCGAUGCCGAUGCCGAUGCCGACGACGCCACCUCCUGCUGCCACAGUCCUCUGCAGCUUGAUCUUGGGCUUCCUCCUCCUCCUGCUGCCGGCCUCCCGCGCCUUCCCGCUCUGCACGGACGCAAGGGCGCCGGUGCCGCUCAACGGGACGCUCCCGUUCUGCGGCUACGCCGGGAGCAGCUGCUGCGACGCCGCCUCCGACGCUGCCCUGCAGAAGCAGGUCGGCGCCGUCAACGUCUCCGACGCCGCCUGCCGCGCCGUCCUCAAGUCAAUCCUCUGCGCGAAAUGCAAUCCAUAUUCUUCUGAACUGUUCGACGCCGGGCCAAAGAUCCGAACAGUUCCCUUCUUGUGCAACUCUACCUCCUCAGCAACUUCUGCCCAAUCCAAGGAAACAACGCAGGACUACUGCAAACUAGUUUGGGAUGCUUGCAAGAACGUGGAAAUACCCAACUCCCCCUUUCAGCCUCCCCUGCAAGGAGGUGGAAGACUUCCUAGUUCAACGUCAAAGCUUACUGAUGCCUGGCAGUCUGAAAAUGACUUCUGUACAUCUUUUGGCGGUGCACCUAAUGACCGAUCAGUAUGCUUCAGCGGGAAUGAUGUCUCGUUUAACACUACCCAACCUUCACCCUCUCCUAAGGGGAUAUGCCUCGAGAGGAUCGAUAACGGGUCCUACCCCUACCUUAACAUGGUUCCUCACCCUGAUGGGUCUAACAGAGUGUUCUUGGGCACCCAAGCUGGAAAGAUAUGGCUGGCAACUGUGCCAGAGCAGGGAUCUGGAGGUACCCUGCAAUUCGAGGCGAUCCCGUUCGUCGAUCUGACUGACCAGGUGCAUUUCGAUUCGGCUUUUGGACUCAUGGGUAUGGCAUUUCAUCCCAACUUUGCGACCAAUGGACGCUUCUUCGCCUCUUACAACUGUGACAGAGCAAAGUCACCCAGUUGCUCUGGUAGGUGCUCUUGCAACUCUGAUGUGGGCUGUGAUCCCUCAAAGCUUGGCAAUAAUAACGGUGCUCAGCCAUGCCAGUAUCAAGUUGUUGUAUCCGAAUAUUCUGCUAAAGGUUCAUCAUCAAAUGUUUCAGAGGUAACAUCUGCCGAUCCAUCUGAAGUUAGAAGGAUCUUUACUAUGGGGCUGCCUUAUACAUCUCAACAUGGAGGUCAGAUACUUUUCGGGCCAACUGAUGGAUACCUCUACCUCAUGAUGGGGGACGGUGGACAGAAAGGAGACCCUUUUAAUUUUGCACAGAACAAAAAGUCACUUUUGGGAAAAAUUAUGAGGCUUGACAUUGACAAUACACCCCCGGGACAGAGUGAAAUCACUAACCAAAGUUUAUGGGGUAACUAUUCCAUUCCGAAAGACAACCCGUUCUCUGAUGAUAGUGACUUGCAACCAGAAAUUUGGGCAUUGGGUGUUAGAAAUCCUUGGAGAUGCAGCUUUGAUUUUGAGAGGCCUUCCUACUUCUACUGUGCAGAUGUUGGUCAGGAUCAAUAUGAAGAAGUUGAUUUAAUCUCCAAGGGAGGAAACUAUGGAUGGCGCGUGUAUGAGGGACCAUUGGUUUACAAUCCACCAUGGGCACCUGGAGGAAACACGUCACUUAAGUCCAUAAACGCUAUUCCUCCUAUCAUGGGAUACAACCAUUCUGAUGUUAAUAAGAACAUUGGGUCUGCAUCAAUAAUGGGUGGUUAUGUCUAUCGAGGAUCUACUGAUCCCUGCUUGUACGGAAGGUACUUAUAUGCUGACCUGUACGCAUCAGCCAUGUGGACCGGCACAGAGACCCCAGAGAGCAGUGGGAACUACACGUCCACUCUGAUCCCCUUCAGCUGCUCCAAGAACUCUCCCAUACCCUGUGACACUGCUGCUGGUAGCCCUCUCCCAUCGCUUGGUUACAUAUAUUCCUUCGGUGAGGACAACAGCAAGGACAUCUACGUCUUGGCAAGCAAAGGUGUCUACCGGGUUGUCCGGCCCAGCUUGUGCAGCUAUACUUGUCCUAUAGAGAAACCCGCGACGAACACGGUGCCUGCUGGUCCUUCGUCAAAGGCGUCAGCAACGAGAAUGGGCAAGCAGAUAGGGGCAAUUUUACUGUCUGUUAUCAUGUUCUGGGUUUUGGUAAGAUAGGAGGAUCCUAUUACCUCAUGCCUUGGUGAGCCAAUGUAGAUUAAUCCUGAUAUCUUAGUAGUACUCCCUCCGUUCCAAAACACAACUCAUAUAGAUUUGUGCACUUGGACCCAGACAUGUUUUGUUUCUAGUGCCUGACCACUCAUAUUGGAGUAAUAUUAAAUGGAUGUGAGUAGUUAUUGGCCGGGUGCGGAUUUUAAUAGAAAAAUGAGAUGUGUUGUGGAACAAAUGAAAAAAAUCUAUAUGAGUUGUGUUUUGGAAUGGACGGAGUAGUAGCAGUAUAAUAAUAAACCAGGAGUGCUAACAGUGAAAAUAAGUCCUGUGCAGUUAGGAACAUGAAUCAUGACACUGAGGAUCAGAUCCUGAAACUGUAUUCAUAUAUAUUCCACGACUACAUUUAUUGGUCGCAUGCGGUGGUAUAUGGUGGUAAUCCCUUCAAGGGUCCAGCUCUCUCUGUUUCCUGGCAUGGCAUGAGCAUCGUUGCAUUUUGCAAAGGCAGUGCUUCUUGCUGCCAGCAGGCCCAGAGAAAGGAGAGCAAGGAGGAAGGUCUUCAUGGUAUCAGUUGUACUUUGGUGAGAUGCAUAGAUUGAUGAGAACUUCCCUCUAGUUUGCAAAAACUAGCUGGAUACAACUGAUCAAAGUUACUUUGCAAGCAGCCAAGCACACAGGAAAUUGUGCAAGACCACUGAGUUGUUGAGAUAAGAUGAUGUUUUGUGUACUGAAUCUGCCCCUCUAUGAAGAUAAACCAAAGAUCUCAUGGUUUUGGUUUUGUAUUGCACCAAGGAAAUCAUGUGGUUCAAGCCAUCCAUAACUUUAUUGGAACUGAACUUGUAGGCUUGUGCAGGUUGUUGAAUAUGCAUCCAGAUGUUCCUAGCUAGCUUAUACCAAAUUUA